AUGAUUAAUGUGGCCGUGCUGCCCCCAGAAUGUGCUCCGGGGGGUCACUCUCUGCUCCAGAACCCAUACCGCAGCACCAGUUUCAGCUCCCGCAGCCUGCAGCAGUCAGCCCUCCAGGACUUCAUCUGUGACCAUUCCCUCAUACCAGGCUGGUACCAGUUCCAGAUCUUUGACAAGCCCGCCAGCAUGCCCACACAAUGUGUGGAGGUGAACCACUGUGGGACCCAGGCCCCAGUCUGGCUGUCUCUGAGGGAGGGUGAGAGCCUUCCGCGGCCCCUGGAGGUGACGCAGCUGACGGCCUGUGCCACCUGGCAGUUCUUCCUCAGCAGCAGUAAGGACUGCUGCCUGUUCCGCAUCCCUGUCACUGUGCGCAACUGUGGAGACUUCUACGUCUACCUGCUCCAGCCCACCCAGGGUUGCAUGGGCUACUGCGCACAGGAGAUGUCAGACUCUGCGGCGGUGGUGUGUGGUCCUGACGAGGUGGAGGUUGAUGGAGCGUGUAAAGCCAAACAGCCUCCUUCCCCAGCGGUGCCUGUGAUAUUAGCAGAACUCUCUGGAAGCAUCGUCUACCUGAAGUGCAGCUUCGAGGGCCAUAGCCUGAACAGCUCCCUAGGCUAUGUGGUUGCCUGGUCUCGCCUCUCCCACCAAGGCAUCAAAGAGGAACUGAAACAGGAGACUACUGUCCAAACCGUUGCCUUCAUCGAGCUGGACGGGAUCAACCUCCGACUGGGGGACAAGAUUUACUGCAGUUGCUCCAGUUUUUUUCUGGACUCGCCGGACAUCCAGGGAACCCCAGUGGAGAGCGAAGAGUUCUUUGCCGGGAUCAGGUUGAAACCAGAGGUGACUACUGUGUCUGAGGAUGGGAAGGACUGUGAGUUGACUGUGGAGAGUACCAUCCCUAUCCCCUGCCCUGGCGAUGCCUCCUCCUCCACCUCCUCCUCCACCACAGAGCAGUGUACUCUCUCCUUACACCUGAGUACAAACAAUCAAGGUAAAGACCAUCUGCUGGGUCCAGACGUGGUGUUGUCGUCGUGCCGGGUGGAUCUCUCCCAGAGUCUGGGGUGUCGAAACGGGGUGUGUAGCCAGGCCCUGGUUCACCUCAGCGCGGUCACAGACUUCCUCAAGGACGGGGACAGGACGACACAGAUCUCUGUCAACCCCAUCGUCACAUCCAACUUCCUCUGGAGCGGCUACACACCACAGAGUGUCCAGAUCACAGUGACGGAUGUUCCCUCUGCAUACUGCUACUCUUUCACUGAUCCUCACAUUAUCACGUUUGAUGGCAGGCCGUAUGACAACUACCAGAUCGGGACGUUUGUGCUGUACAAGAGCACGCGGCAGCUGUUCGAGGUCCACGUGCGCCAGUGGGAGUGCGGGAGCCUUGUCCACCACGCCUCGUGCACGUGCGGUUUCGUGGCAAGAGACGGCGGUGAUGUCAUAGCCUUCGACAUGUGCAACGGAGAGCUGGGGGACACCAGGCCGCACCUGUCGGUGAAGAACAGGGACGUGGGCAAGAGCGGCAUCCGCAUCACUGAGUCUUACCAAGGACGCAAAGUCACAAUGACCUUCUCGUCGGGGGCGUUUGUGCGUGCCGAUGUGUCUGACUGGGGCAUGAGUCUGACCCUGAGGGCCCCCAGCUCCGACUGGAGCCAAACCCAGGGCCUGUGUGGGACGUAUGACGGACAGACCCACAAUGACCUCCACACAGCAGGGGGCGCAGUGCUGGACAACGAAGACGUAGCAGCCUUCAUCUCUGAAUGGAAACUCCCUCCUGGUAGCAGCUUGUUUGACACCGUUCCGUCCUAUCAGAGCGCCCCAAACCCUCACAGGUAUUGUAACUGUGAAGAAGAGUCCCGCCCCACGUCCCCGCUAACCAGGUCUCAGCCAAUCCCUGGCUUCGACUCCUCCUGUUCUCACCACGGCAACGUGAGACUCCACAGUAUCAUCCCCACUCUGGAUGUCACCGCCGAAUACAACUCAGUAGAGCUGUUCAAAGGCCACCACGACCACCCCUCAUGGAACUCCAACCAGCACGGCCGGGCCGAGGACACCGCCGCCCAGCCUGUAGAGAGAGGCUCUACCCUAACAGGCUCCAGCCAUGGAGCCAACAACCAGAGGAGCCGUGGAAGGCGCCAGUCCUACCAGUUCCUCCCCAACAUGCCGUACCAGAGCCUGAGCCAGUCCGACCUGGAAGACUUCACCUACUUCUUCCCUGAGGACCACGAGCUGGCGGCCCGGCCCGAGUCCUCCCCUCCCCCCACCUGGCCCACCCCGUCUGGGCUAACACAGCACCAGGCCAGAGUGCAGUGCCAGCGGGCGGUGGCUAACUCCAGCGUGGCCCUGGGCUGCGGCUGGCUGUUAGGCCCGGCCAUAGUGAGCCAGGCGGUGGCUAUGUGCGUCAGCGACCUCCAGCUAAAGGACGACCAGGCCUGGGUGGGCGCUACUCUGCCUCUGCUUGAGAACGAGUGUGAGAGGAGGCUAGUGGAGGAGAGGGGGAGAGAGGGAGAGCACCAGGAGAUGUUGUCCUUCCUCAAGUGUCCAAGUCUAUGUAAUGGGAAUGGCCAGUGCUCCGAGUGGGGGUGUGUGUGCUUCCCCGGGUUCGGCUCCUACGACUGCAGCGUUAUCUCUGACCAGACUCCAGAGAUCACAGAGCUGGAGAAUGAGGGACUGUGUGAUGUCAGACAGAGCGACUGCUCCACUGUACAGGUCUUUGGACAAGGCUUCAAAGACUCCUAUGAACUCAAGUGUGAAUUUUUGAAGGAAAAGUUUGUGGAUGGUGAGUGGACCCUGGACGAACCUCAGUUUUCCCUGGCUACCUUCCUGCAUGUGUCAGGUUUGGAGUGUCAGCUCCCCCUGGAGUACAGACAACCCAGUGCAGGCCUGGACCUGGAUACGCCCACCGACAGACCCCUGGCACGCUGGCAGAUCAAAGUGUCCAACGACGGCUACGGUUACAGCAACGCCAAGAUCCUGACCCUGUUCGAUGGAGCCUGUCAGAUCUGCACGCUCAAUGCUGACGUUCUCUGUACCUCCAGGGAGAAAACAUGCAACAUUGACAGUGUGUGUUUUGGAGAGGGAGACCUCAAUCCCAGCAGCCCUUGCCUGAUAUGCCGACCAGACUCCUCCAAAUACACAUGGUCCAUCGCUGAGAAGAAUGAGCCACCGGUGUUUCAGUCAGCCCAGGGGCGUCUGCAGACAUUCCAGGGGGAGAACUUUGUGUACCAGCUGCAGGCUCAGGACCCAGAAGGCUCUGUGGUGCUGUUCACUCUGGAGUCAGGCCCCAGUGACUCCUCCCUCUCCCCCGCUGGCCUGCUCAUCUGGAAGGCUACUGACACUACUGCCUCCUCCUCCACGCAGACCUUUCAGUUCACUAUCACAGACGAUUGUAGUGCUGAGACGUUUGCCUCUGUACAGGUCUCUCUGCGGCCCUGUGACUGUCUGAACGGAGCUUCCUGUGUUACAAACAUUAACCUCCCCCCUGGCAGCGGGGAGUACCUGUGCGUCUGUCCCGCUGGCUUCACAGGGGACAGGUGUGAGGAGGACAUAGACGACUGUAAACCCAACCCCUGCCGUCUGGUCAAGUGUAUAGACGGACCCAACUCUUUCUCCUGCAUCUGUCCCCCCGGAAUGACGGGUCAUACCUGUAGAGAGGAUGUGGAUGAAUGUGCCGCAGAGCCGUGCUUCCCUGGGGUGGGCUGCAACAACACACUGGGCUCAUUCACCUGUGGCUCCUGUCCAGAGGGUUACACUGGGGACGGGAAGAGUUGCAGAGGUCACCAGGGUUCUGGCACGGUUAAACCAUCAAGCCAGGCCCCCUGCUCCAGACAACCAUGCUACCCAGGGGUGCAGUGCUUCGAGAGCACACACGUCUCAGUAGGCUACAUCUGUGGACCCUGUCCACCUGGGCUCCAUGGCAACGGACACACUUGUAGUAGAAGCACCACAACAGCUCUGUCCUCUAACUUCCAGUGUUUUACAGAACAGAGGCCAGUUAACACCAACAGAGAAGAUGGACGUCCCCAAGUGACAGAAGACUCCAGUAGGGAAAUUACUAGCACCACCUCCUCCUCUUCUUCCUCCACCUCCUCCUCCCAGUACAGGAGGAUAACUGAGGGGCCCUCAUCGGGUAGCAAGAGAGUCCCCUCCGUGGAGAGAAAGACACCUAUUAGCCCCCAGGACCAAACUAUCACCAGAGUCUCCACCCCCACCAAUCACAACAGAGGUCAGAGCAGCAAGGUGGACCUGACCCCUGACCUUAGGUGGGGGUCAUCGUCUCCCAUAGUGACCUGUGCGGACUCGCCCUGCUUCUCCGGUGUGCCCUGUGAGCCCACAGUCUCAGGCUCCUUCAAGUGUGGCCGCUGCCCGUAUGGUUACACUGGCGAUGGGUUCACCUGCAAAGCUGUGUGCCGGUAUCCAUGUGGAAGGAAUAUGGAGUGCUCUCUACCCAACACCUGCACUUGUAAAGAAGGCUAUACCGGAUAUAACUGCCACAUAGCUGUCUGCCGACCGGACUGCAAGAACCAAGGGAAGUGUGGCAGGCCUGAUGUGUGUGUCUGUCCCGUGGGCUACAGCGGACCAACAUGUGAGGAAGCUAACUGUGAGCCAUCUUGCCAGCAUGGAGGAACCUGUCUGGUCAGGAAUCUCUGCACCUGUCCUUACGGUUACGUGGGGCCAAGAUGUGAAAUCAUGGUGUGCAACAGGCACUGUGAAAACGGAGGGGAGUGUAUUUCUCCCGAUGUGUGUAAGUGCAAGUCUGGCUGGUACGGACCAACAUGUAACUCAGCUGUCUGCAAUCCAGUGUGUUUGAAUGGUGGGACUUGUAUCAAUCCCAACAUCUGCGCCUGUCCCGGUGGCUUCUAUGGCUCCCAAUGUCAGAUUGCUGUGUGCAGCCCUCCCUGUAAGAACGGAGGUCAGUGUAUGAGGAACAACGUCUGCUCCUGCCCCGGGGGCUACACAGGGAAGCGGUGUCAGAAGAGUGUGUGCGACCCCAUGUGCAUGAACAAGGGGAAGUGUGUAGGGCCCAACUCCUGCUCCUGUGCCUCUGGGUGGAGGGGAAAGAGGUGUAACAUUCCCGUGUGCCUGCAGAAGUGUAAGAACGGUGGUGAGUGUGUGGGACCCAACACCUGCCACUGUCCCACAGGAUGGGAAGGCCUACAUUGUCAGUCCGCCAUCUGUAAGCAGAGAUGCCUCAAUGGGGGAAGGUGUGUCCUGCUCAACUUCUGCCACUGCCGCAACGGGUACACUGGCGUCACCUGUGGGUUAAAGGCCCCACUUGCAUAAGGGAAAUGACUGAAGAUGCAGAAGUUUUACAAAAUACACAAUGCAAAUGGAGUCUUUAUUAGGCAGUAUGUGAUCGUGGAGUGUGUGUGCCUGUAUGUGUGUGUGCCUGUGUGCCUG